AUGUCCACCAUCACGCCCUCAUCUUACUCUUUAUCGCCCAAAGGCAGCACUCCUCAAGAACUUCAACGUGAUCAUGUGCCCGUAUUGACUUCAACAGCUAAUACUCCCAAUCAAACCUUUGACAAACCAUCAUGUUCAGCAGUGAGCAACGGAGUCAACCCUGGUGUCAAAAUCGAUGAUGACAACCCCGUUGGGAGUCUCGAACAAUUGUUGAAAUGUAUCCUGACGAUCAUCCAUGGAUAUUCCGACUUAUCACAUUCAUCUAGCUUGUAUUUGUCGUCUUUGGAUCACUACAGGCUGAGGCUCGAAAAGCUGUUAAGUGUGGCUCGUAGACUACAAAACGAUCCCUCUCCCGCGGUCGAUUUGAACAAUGACGACGAUGGUGAUUGCGAUCAUCGCCAAGACCCAGAGAUAGAUAUGCCAUCGAGACAAGAUCUGAUGAGGGAGAUAUACAAGUUGGAAGAAGAAUGGUGGAAUAGCGAAGUAGUUGUAAGUUGGUAUGGACCUAGACCUAGACCUAGGUACACACAUAGAAGGUCAUCAUCUGCGCACGACUGUAUACAAGAUAUUCAAGCUCGAUCGAGUAUCCAGCCUACCACGAGUGGUCAGCAGAACUCUGUAUCUCCUCCCUCAAGGAGGGUGAUUGUCAGUCCUAGCCCAAACAAAGGCAAGAUGGGAAUGACCCUGAUUGAUCAACAGAGAGCUCGAAGACACAGAAUCAGCUCGAGAGAUCUCACUGCAUUGACUGAAGAAGAACAUGAAUUACCUGAUGAUUAUGAUGUGAUGGAGGAAAGAACAAAGGCAGUCAACAGAGGGAAUGCCGCAACUCAAGCUCAAAUAUCUAUUCUGGGGAACGUAGGUUGGUUGAGGAGGGAUUCGAGUUAUGUAGGAUUGCAUGACGAGUGA